AUGGCAAAGAUAGAUGAUGAAAUUAAGGAGAUUAAAAAUUCUUCAGUUUGUGAAGCGAGAUACUCUGUAUCUAAUACCACACUUACCGAAAUGAAAAAUUUCAUUGAUACACCUGCGUUUGAUAUCAAUAGUGGAGCUAGUGUUAAAACACAUAAUACCCCAAUUUCUAGCCACUCUGUAAACACUCUUGGUAUUAAUGCUCCUAAUAAUGCUUCAAAUUCUGAUAUUACUGAAAAGUUGGAUAAAAAUAAUAGCAUAGAUACAGAAGGUGAGCAUCAAACUGAUUCUUAUUGGGUUUUAGGUUCACAUUGUCCACUAUGUAGAGAAAAUCAUAUGAGUUUAUAUAAGCCGGGAAUUCCACUUGAUGAUGUACUAAAAAUUCAGGAGUUAAAAACUCAACGCUUCACAUCACCUAUUCCUUGGAAUAAUGCUUUGAUCUUACCAGAUAAAAGUAUAGUAGUAGAAGCAUAG